CCCCCCUCCCUCCUCUCCGGAGUCAUGUGCUUCUAUAGGCAGACCUUGGUAGAAGGGGGAGAGGGGGGGAUUGCUCGGUGUCUCCAGCAUCCCUCCUCAGUCCUCUAUAUAUAAUGUGUAGUCCAUGUGAUGGCUGGCAGUGCGGUGCCCGGACAGGAGAUCUGGAGGUGAAGAGCGGAGAUGGUGCGGAUGGUGCUAGAGAUGUACAAUGACAGCGGAGUGUGGAAUGUCAGCCUAGGAGGGACUCCCCCCGCGGGGCUGAGUAGGAGCGCUCACAGUGUGGUGGCGGUGUUCCUGGGCUGUAUCCUGGUACAAGGCUCUCUCUAUAACUCUCUGGUGCUCCUCAUCUUCAUCAAGUUUCAAGCGGUCCGGACCCCAAUCAAUAUGAUCCUUCUGAAUAUCAGUGUCAGUGAUCUGCUGGUGUGUGUGUUCGGUACUCCGCUCAGCUUCGCCGCCAAUGUGUCCGGACGGUGGCUCAUAGGACCGCGGGGCUGUACGUGGUACGGAUUCUGCAACUCUCUCUUCGGUAUUGUGUCCCUGGUUUCCCUGUCUAUGUUAUCCUAUGAGCGAUACCAAACAGUGCUAAAAUGCCGAAAAGUUGAUGCCUCCAACUACAGAAAGGCUUGGCUAUGUAUCAUUGGAUCCUGGCUCUACUCUCUGUUAUGGACAGUACCACCUCUUUUUGGCUGGAGCAGCUAUGGCCUGGAAAGUUCGGGAACAACAUGUUCGGUGGUAUGGCACUCAAGGUCACAAAACAAUGUAUCGUAUAUUGUGUGCCUCUUCCUGUUCUGUCUGGUCUUACCUCUGCUUGUUAUGAUAUUUAGCUAUGGACACAUUGUCAAAGUCAUUCGAGGGAUGGGGCGGAUUAACCUAAGCUCAGCUCAGAAAAGGGAACACCAUUUGCUGUUUAUGGUGCUCUGCAUGAUCACUUGCUAUCUUAUCUGCUGGAUGCCUUAUGGAUUAGUUUCCUUGAUUACAACUUUUGGGGAACCUGGAAUCAUCUCUCCCAUAGUGGGCAUCAUACCAUCCAUUCUGGCCAAGAGCAGCACCUGUGUUAAUCCUCUAAUUUAUAUAUUUAUGAAUAAGCAGUUUUACAGAUGUUUUGUCACUCUUCUGAAAUGUGAAUCAGAACCACAUGACAGCGAUGCCACUAUGAAUUCACGACAAAGCAAAGACCUUCAGGUUAAAGACAAUGGCAAGAUGAUUCAGAGCAGCUUUCCCCAGCCAAGGAAGGACACAUCUUCUAUCAUGAAGAAGCAGAAAUUUACUCUUGUAGUGCACUACAUAGAUUAUAGAUAAACUUUUAUUAAUCACAGUAGUGGAUGCACCCACUGCCAUGUGCUGUCAAUCAAAAGUAACUAGUCUCUCAGUUCCCCACCAGGCUCCGCACAGUACCAGGUGUAGCACUACCCCCGAAGGAGCUGUUGAGUAUUUUUGGGUGGCAUGUUACCUCUAUCUUCUUGCUGUCCAGGGUCAUUGAUGCUGAGUUUCGUAGCUAUUGUGGCUAUUGAGUUCAUAACACCUGAAGCUUCGGUUCCCUGAGAUUGGAGAUUCUGUCAUCAGGAUUACGAUUCAACAUUUCGGCCUGGUGCAGCUUACCUCUGGUAAGCGCAUAACCCUAUAGGUGGUGGUGCACUUGUGUUAUUGCUGACAUACUGUGGUUUCUUAUUCAUUCAAGUUCCACUCAAGUUUCUCUCCACUGGCUUUCACACGGUGCAAGUUUUUUAUUGGUUUGCCAUAUCGAUUGGACUUUUUAUAAUUUUUGUUGUUUUUCAUGAUUUCAUUUUGGACUCUUUAUGCACUUCUUCAUAUACUAUUCAAUUGUGAUUAAUACACAUUGCUGUAUUUAGAUUUGUUAAUAUUGCUCCUUCACCACGUUGUUUUGCGCAGCUCUUUCCUUUUCUUUAAUCACAGUCUGGAAAAGGGGCAAUGGGAACUGGCGGCUGCUGCCCUCUAGGGUGGGCAUGGCUGGCGGCUGCUGUCCUCUAGGGUGGGCAUGGCUGGCGGUUGCUGCUGCUGUCCUCUAGGGUGGGCAUGGCUUUGCGGCUGCUGCUUGGGUGCUAUUAUGUGACACAUCAGAGUGGUACCAGUAUCAUUACCAGGAGUGCUACUGUAAGAGUCUGAUGUGUAUGAAGACAAUCCUAAUAUUGCCCCCACACUAUUGCAAAGUGUUUUCUUUGUAUUAAUACAAAGGGAAAAGCUGAUGUUACUUUUAUUUCAACUAAGAAUGACAGAUAUGUCAGCCGUGACAAAAUUAUUAUCUCCUGGAUGUACAAGAUGUUCAUCUCUAAAAUACAGGUUGUUUCUGUAUGCUUAAACAUUUAAGCUAUAAUUUAUCUGCCCAAAAGACCAAGCUUGAAGAGACUGAAAGCUUUUUAAUGGCAUACAUUAAUCUAUAAAUGUAUUUCAGGGAUCUAAAGGAUAUCUGCACUUUUUGUGUAUAUCUCUUAUCUGCGUGUGUCCCUGCUGCCUGUAAAAAAAAAAAAAGAAAUGGAUGAGAUGGGGUACCCAUCCAGUUACUGUUAGGCCCCUUU